CCCAGUGCUGUAUUCAUGACAAGUGGUUUUGUCCAAUUAACGUUUGUGUCUCCCCCGCAGGUUGCCAGCUACAUAAAAGCAGUGAAUGCCGUUUACGAAGGAACAGAUUUUGACGGUAUCAGGCACAUUGACUUCAAAGUGAAAACAUUAAGCAUAAUCCAGGAGAAUAAUCCUUCUGACUCCAGGGACUCGCCGUACAUCGGUCCAGAAAUGCUUCUGAUGCUGCACUCCAAGUCCAACUGGAAUACCUAUUGCCUCUCCUACCUCCUGACAGACAGAGACUACAGUGGGGUUCUUGGGAUUGCUUUUAAUGGACAAGCUGGUGACCUGGGUGGCAUCUGCUCUAAGCACAAGAAGUUCCGGGACCAGGAGACCUCUCUGAACACAGGGCUGAUCACGCUGCAGAAUUAUGGCCAAUACUUGCCACCUCGGAUAAUCCACAUCGUCCUGGCCCACGAGCUGGGUCACAGCCUGGGAGCCCAUCACGAUGAGAGUCAAGAAUGUGCGCGUUUCAACAUUGACACCACAUACGGGAACUACCUGAUGUUUGGUCAUGCCACUGAUGGAUGGCAACACAACAAUGACAAGUUCUCCACGUGCAGCAUCGAGUACAUCGGGAAGCUCCUGAGAGCCAAAAAGGACAUGUGCUUUGUUGAAACUGACCGUCCCAUCUGCGGCAACCGGAUAGUGGACCCAGGGGAGGAGUGCGAUGUGGGGAGUGACAUCUCCAACCGUUGUUGUUAUGCAGCUAGUGAGCUGGACGGCAUCGGCUGUAGGUUGAAGCCAGGGGCGCAGUGCAGCUCGAGCCAGGGCCUGUGCUGCAGCCAGGACUGUGUCUUUAAAUCCAAAGGGGAGCUCUGCCAAGAGGAGACGGAGUGCGCCUUCGCGAGCAUCUGUUCUGGGCUAGCGGCUCAGUGCCCCACACCCGUCCCCAGGGACAACGGCACAUUCUGCAGCAGGGGCACACGGAUCUGCGUCGCUGGGCUCUGCCUCGCCUCCCUCUGUGUUAAGUACGGACUGGAGCAAUGUGACUGCGUCAGCAGCUCUAUGAGGGAGAAAUGCCAUCUCUGCUGCCAGCAACCAGGCCAGGCCAGGACAUGUGCCAGCACGGCCUCAUUCCUGCUGGAGCAUUACUUCAACAGCUCACAGAUCCCACUCACCCCUGGCUCCCCAUGCUGGGACAAGACAGGCUACUGUGACAAGUUCCACACCUGCCGGCUCGUGGAUGAGGACGGCCCCAUCGCCAGGGUGAAAAACUCCAUCUUGGACUUCAUUGAGCUGGAGGAUGUAGCGGCCUGGAUGAAGAAGCGCUGGUGGGCUGUGCUUGCGAUGAUCCUGACUUUGGCGGCAAUGAUGGCUGGCACCGUCUUCCUCUUUGGAAGGACUCUCGAUAGUGAAACAGAAGAGAAAGGCACAAAGAGCACAGUCAGGGAGGCCUCAGCCAGCCAGCAGCCUCAGCACAGACGGAUGUUAAUAUACCGUGAACACGAGGAGUUCUACAUGGAAACCACGCACCAGGAGUAUGAAACUAUCAUAUAGCAAAGCAUCCAGAUCCAGCAGUGCUCACAAACCCCCUCACGAGUGGAUCUUCCAAGAGGUCUCAGCUCAUGACAGGCACAUAAAAGAAGGGACUGAACUUGUCCCCAGCAACUUCUGCUGAAAAACCAGCUCUUGGGAUCUAAGAUUCCUGGGUUCUGCCCUCCGCCCAGUAGAGCACAAUAGGAGCCUCAAAUGCUUCUGUGUAAGGUUAGUCCUUCCACUGCCAGAUUUGCUGAGUGACUUUUGCUUCAGCUCUUUGCAGCUCGGCCUUCUGCCCAGGUGUGGACAGAAUUGAUGUUCACCCUGCAGCUUGUAUAGAGAUACAGGUGCUCGCAUUAAACUACUGAGUUUGGGUACUUUUGUCAGCAUAGCUGCAGCCACAUGGAAGGCAGGCUGCAACACCCACCCAAGAUAGGUAAAUGCUCCAAGAAUAAUUACUCCAGACUGUAGCUUCCACAGCUAGCCAGCCACUGGCACCCAAGCUGGUUAGUUUUAAAAUUAGCUCAAGUAGGUCUUUGCAAGCCACAGUGCCUGAAUUGUAGAUAUACCUUCCAUCUCAGAAGCUGGUCUCCAUCAGCAAAGUGAUUAACCUUUCCUGCUUUGAAUCAUUUCCUAUAUCACCCUUCACAUGUUUCAAAAAAGAAUUCAAGACACCUUUCACAAGAGGCAUCAUUUCUUUCCUUGGCAAAAGGCUGGUCUGAUGGCACUGCCUAUAUGCUACGUGGAAACAAGGCUGUAUUAGUCAAGGUCUCAUUGAAGUGAGUGAGACCAAAAUCUAGGUAGAUUUGAAUAAGGCUACGCAAUCAGUAGAUUCAAAGGGGACACAAGAUUGGCAUUAAUCAAUGUUGGGG